AUGAGCGCAAAUAUAAUGGGCCCUCAUUUGGUGAAUGGAGCGACUGGAGACUCAAGCGCUCAUGGAAACCUUGGCCAGCAUUCGUUACCCCGCUCUGCUGUGAACGCCCGCAACGCGACUGUCGAAGCUGCGGUUGCUGCAGCAGCCGCUUCAGCUGAAAAGGCAGUAGCAACUGAGGCCGCCGUCAGUGCCGCCGAGAAGGCGGCUGCUGCGGCUAUGGCAGCUGCUGCUUCGACUCAAUCUUCAGAUCGCCAACGGAUCAAUGAUUUGGAGACCUUGACAACACGUCUUCGCCUCGAAGUGGAUCGCUCAAGGCAAUCACAAACUGAGGCCGAACGCCGAGCAAAUGCCCGA